AUGUCAAAGUUAUCAAGUUUUAUAAACAGGAAAGCAAUGUUCCAUCGAGAUAAAGAUACGGGUGUCUCAUCAAAUGAUGAUUCUAUUGGAAAUAAUAGCACCAUGAAAGAAAACAACGAAGUUAUAGAAUUGAUAAAUACUAAUUCUUUCAAGGAUUCAAGUGAUAAACCACCUAUAACACUUCGUAAAUCGAAAUUAAGUGAAAUAGGUUCGUUACAUAGUGGUUCAAAUCUACACCAACAUGGCACUACAAGUUUACAUGAUGAUGAAGAAUCUGAUACUGAGGAAGCUCAAUAUCAGGAUACGAGAGUUAAAAGAGCUUUGAAACAAAGACAUAUUGGUAUGAUUGCUCUAGGGGGAACUAUUGGUACAGGUUUAUUCGUCGGUAUUGCUACUCCUUUAUCAAAUGCUGGUCCUGUAGGUUCUUUAAUUGCGUACAUUUUCAUGGGUUCUGUCGUUUACUUUGUUACUCAAUCAUUGGGUGAAAUGGCUACAUUUAUCCCUGUCACUUCUUCGAUUACUGUCUUCUCAAAAAGGUUUUUAUCUCCAGCAUUUGGUGUAGCAAACGGUUAUAUGUACUGGUUUAAUUGGGCUAUUACUUAUGCCGUCGAAAUAUCUGUUAUUGGUCAAGUUAUUCAAUACUGGACUAAAGCUGUUCCGUUGGCUGCAUGGAUUGGGAUCUUUUGGGUAAUUGUCACUUUAAUGAAUUUCUUUCCAGUUAAAGUUUAUGGUGAAUUUGAAUUUUGGAUUGCAUCUAUUAAAGUUUUAGCUAUUAUGGGUUACCUAAUCUAUGCUUUGAUUAUUGUCUGUGGUGGUUCCCAUCAAGGUCCAAUUGGUUUUCGUUACUGGAGAAACCCAGGUCCUUGGGGUCCAGGUAUCAUUUCUGAUAAAACUGGUGAAGCAAGAUUCUUAGGUUGGGUCUCAUCUUUGAUCAAUGCUGCUUUCACAUAUCAAGGUACUGAAUUAGUCGGUAUCACUGCUGGUGAAGCUGCAAACCCAAGAAAAUCUGUACCAAGAGCUAUUAAUAAGGUUGUCUUUAGAAUUGCUCUUUUCUACAUUAUGUCUUUAUUUUUCAUUGGUUUGUUAGUUCCAUUCAAUGAUGAUCGUUUAGCUAAUGAUUCUGCAGUUAUUGCAUCUUCUCCUUUUGUUAUCUCUAUUCAAAAUGCUGGUACAAGGGCUUUACCAGAUAUCUUCAACGCUGUUGUCUUGUUGACCAUUAUUUCAGCUGCAAACUCAAAUGUUUACGUUGGUUCUCGUGUCCUAUAUGCAUUAGCAUUGACUGGUAACGCUCCAAAGAUUUUUUCAUACGUCACUAAAUAUGGUGUUCCAUAUAUGGGUGUUAUCUGUACAGCGGCUUUAGGUUUAUUGGCCUUCUUGGUUGUCAACAACAAUGCCAACACUGCUUUCAACUGGCUGAUCAACAUUUCCACAUUAGCUGGGUUAUGUGCAUGGUUGUUCAUUUCCUUAUCUCACAUCAGAUUCAUGCAAGCUUUGAAAUACCGUGGUAUAUCCCGUGAUGACCUGCCAUUCAAGGCCAAGUUGAUGCCAUGGGGUGCAUACUACGCAUCAUUUUUUGUUACUGUUAUUAUUUUCAUCCAAGGUUUCCAAGCAUUCACACCAAAAUUCGAUGUUUCUACAUUUUUCACCUCUUACAUUUCGCUAAUACUGCUUGCAGUUUUAUUCUCUGGGUGCCAGUUAUACUACAGAUGUAGAUUUAUAUGGAAAGUAGAGGAUAUCGAUAUCGACAGUGAUAGAAGAGAAAUUGAAGCUAUCAUAUGGGAAGAAGACGAACCAAAGAACUUGUGGGAGAAAUUCUGGGCUUGGGUUGCUUAG